AUGUUACGCCUCUCUAUUCGAAGAUUUAGCGCUGUUCCCACGAGAUACAACACACCGCACUUUGACACCCACGUUUUUGUUCAGCGGCUUAAGAACGCCGGGUUUGAUGCCAAAAAGGCAGACGCUGCCGUGGAAAUCCUGUCCAAGUCCAUCAACGACGGUAUCGACAAGUACGCCGCGAACCUGAUUCCGAAAGAAACGCUCAACAAGAUGUCGUACCAGCAAAAGGUGGACUUUGCAAAGUUGAAAGGUGAACUGCAAAUGAUCGACAAAUCUGAGUUCAACACCCUGCGAAACGAACACGAAAGCCUUCGUAGCGACUUGGAAAAAAUGCGCACCAAGUUCAAAGAAGAGCUCAACAAGAGUCUUUCCGGAGUGCGAUUGGACCUGAACUUGGAAAAGGGCCGUGUUCGCGAAGAAAGCUCGAUCUACGACCUGAAGAUUAAAGAAACAGAUACCAGAAUAGACGAGGAAAUAGCCAACAUGAAAGUUCAGAUUGAGUCUGUGAAAACACAGGUGAUGCAGUGGCUGUUUGGUGUUUGCACAGGUACGUUUGCCCUGGUUCUUGCUUAUGUGCGCGUUUCUUCCGAUAGGAGAGACGUUGAUCAUACCCUUUCUGAACUCGAUGAAUGUACCUCUUCUGAUAGGCAAGUCCAAGUCGGCAAGGUACCUGAGGAUGAAUUUCACCAACUCGUUGUACUUCUUGUCUCCGAUCCAUCCGAUGAACGAAGCAGAUUGAAGAGGCUUACCUUGCUUGUAAGCGGUCAAUCCGUUCUCACUGAAACAGUAGUCGAACUGGUCCAACACGUCAGAACCCAACUGCUCAACCUGCUUGGAGAAGUCACUUCCUCCAACGAAACCAACCACACACUUCUUUCUCAAAGCUUGCAGGGUAGCCUUCAUUUCUGGAGAAAUGGUCAAUCUGGCUGGAGUCAGGGUUCCAUCAACGUCGAAAAGACAGAUGGUCUUUGGUUGUUCUCUAUCGGCAAAAGACAUAAUUAA